UGUGGUGUAUUAAUUAACAUGAUUGUUUUUAGAUUUUUUAAUAAAUUUUACUAUGUCUUAUUUUAUAUCACCUGUUGCUCAGGAAACUAUCACUAAGCUUCAAUACUUACUUCAAAACACUUUAUACACCUACGCCGAAAUUGUUUCAACUCUUGAUCAGGAAUCUUCCAAAGAACUCAAUGAGGAGCUUUCGAAUGUUGGCAUAAAAUCGCAAGUUAGUGACCCUGACUCGAAUGUUACCACUGAUAAGAACAUGGAUUCUAAAUCUAUAAAUAUGGAGGAAUUUAUCGCAGAACGUGUUGAACGUCUUGGGGUUCUGAAUGACCAAAUCCAGGCACAUGUAGAUUUAUUACCUGACUCUUCAAUCACUCGGGAACAAAUAGAAUCUACAAUUUCAAUUCUUGACACCGAAUGUGUAAAAACUGCCAACGAACUUGAACUUUUAUACGCAGAAUAUGAUAAAAUUUACAAUAAAUUAAAGGAUGCCAUCAAUCUUAAACACUCCUAAACACCAAUCAUGAAUAUAAAUCACCCUGAAUUAUA